AUGAGCGAUCUCAACUGGUGCACGUACUGUGACAAUGCGGUUAAUCCGUACUCUGAUUCGCUUUACUGCAGCGAGCAAUGCUUAAGAGCCGAUGCUUUGCGUAACCAUCCAUUGCUUGGCUACGAUUGGCACGAAUUCGAGGACUUCCCAAGACCUCACCCUUCAUCACAUCAUGCAUCCACAUCUUCCUCAGCAUCCUCGGUAUCAUCCACCACUCCAGCACUUUUACAAGCAUCUUCAUCAUCA